AUGCUUUCCCUUCGCUCCCUGAUCGUCCUUUUCGCGCUUUUGGCCGUCGCCCUCGCGUGUGCUCCACACAUGCCGAAGCGCGAGGUUCAGCACGGAUACUGCAAGUUCUAUGGUCAGUUUCAAGACUAUCUAACCCUUUUCGACAUCUUUUUUUCAGUCGAUGGAACCAGUGACACUGCGUCAAGCCGUAAGAAACGAGAAUCUGGGGAGGAGUCCGAGUCUGGCGAGUCGACGACCAAGUACAAUCGAUCGAAGAAGAAGAAGGACACCGAUUGCUACGAGUACGAAGAUGGGACGAAGGACGCGGGAGCCACGCUCGACGAGGGAGUCACUUACAGUAAGACCCGAUUACUGUACAUUUGAAUGUGUGACCUAAACAAAUCUUUUCAGCCGUCACUGUUACCAAGUCCUAG